UCUAUAUGCAUUGAUCAUAAUGCAUCAAUUUAACUAUCCCAAAAUCAAACUACUCUAAUCACUAAUCUUGAAUUUGAAGUAACGAAAUUGCUCGACCAAAGGGGAGAGGGACAAGAAUUAUAUAUUAUUCUAACAAUCAAAUGUUGGUCCCGAGUCGUUCGAUUAUGAUUUCUCAUUUAUGGACGUUGCAUUCCUAUCAUUUGGUAGAUCCAAGUCCAUGGCCUAUUCCUGGUUCACUCGGAGCUUUGGCAACUAGCGUAAGAGGUGUGAUGUACAUGCACUCAUUUUAAGGGGUGCUCGGGCCAUUUCAACAUUCUUGCUUUCUCUUUCCAGGUCAGUGUGCAAAACAUCAACAAUAAUUCUAUCUCUCGAGCCCCGAAGAAAAUACCCUUACCCUCUCCAUAUCGAUGCCAAAACAUCAUCACGUGCUUGAAUUGAAGCAAAGCACUAGCGACGGCCGACGAGCCAACCUCUAGUCACCUUACUAUUUGGGAAUCGAAAAUUCGAAUGUCUCAAGUGAUACCUUAUAAUAAAAAGUGAAAACACACACAUAGGCCACAUCAAACUUAAAAAAAAAACAAUCAAAAAUCAAAAUCACUACUUCUUUACUCUUGUGUGUUACUUUACCUCCCAAAUCCCAAGUGAAGGCAUGCUCCGUCAAUCGAGUAAAUUUCACCAUCCAAAUCCAAACGAGCUGGGAAGUGGGAGGGAGGUGAGGUCCUCGCUGUUUUGAUUGGACGAACCGUUCAUGGCGACCGGCCAUAUGCUCUGCCGGUGGCUCUCCAUCCCCUCUCCGUUAACCGCCGCUCGCCGCCUUACAAUCACCACCAAAGCACUGACAGUUCCACCUCCUCCUUCGGCUUCCAUUCGCCAAACAGCUGCGAGAGCCGCUGCGACUGUCACUACUACUACCAGCAGCGGCGACGCCAAGAGGCGAAGGAAAAAGGAGAAGGAGCGGAAGAAAGCGGCGGAGGCAGCGGCGGCGAAGAGCGAAAAGGAGAAGAGAAGAACUCGGUCCGAUAAAGAGCGCGACUCCUCACUCGAAUUCCACAGCAGUAACCAAGACCACGUCCCCGUCAUGCUCCGUGAAGUUGUCGACGUCUUCGCUUCUAUGCCUCUCCGUUCCUUCGUUGAUUGUACGCUAGGAGCCGCCGGCCAUUCCUCCGCCAUAAUCAAAGCGCACCCUCAAUUGGAGCAAUACAUAGGUAUGGACGUUGAUCCUGAAGCUCACGCCAAGGCUCGGGCUCACAUUGAUGCCCUCUUGCUUUCCGAUUCUCAUUCUCACCUGAAAACACACACGUUGCUUAAGAACUUCAGAAAUGUGAAGUCAGUGAUCGGUGAAGUUGAUGCCAAUCUCUUGCAAUCCGGGGUUGAUGCGAUCUUGAUGGACCUCGGAAUGUCUUCGAUGCAGGUGAACAAUCCCGAAAGAGGGUUCAGUGUUAUGGCUGAUGGGCCGCUCGAUAUGCGGAUGGAUCCUCAGGCCAGUCUGAGAGCGGCAGACAUCUUAAAUUCCUGGCCCGAUGCAGAAGUAGGUCGAGUGCUGCGAGAUUAUGGCGAAGAAAGCAACUGGCGUCUCCUGCAGAAUAAGAUAGUUCUAGCCCGUCUAAAGGGUGGUAUACAUUCCACCACAGAGCUGAUUGAUCUCAUUCGUAGCAUGACUCAUGGGGCAAGGGGAGGGAGGCAAGGCUGGAUAAAGACGGCAACACGGGUGUUUCAGGCACUGAGAAUCGCUGUGAAUGAUGAACUCAGUAUACUGGAGAAAGCCCUCAAGGAUUGCUUUGCUUGCCUUGCACCUGGUGGAAGGUUUGCUGUCAUUUCUUUUCAUAGUUUAGAAGACAGAAUCGUCAAACAAACGUUUCUCAGCAUUAUCGGAACUGGUGAGGUCCCCAAAGAUGAUUGUGCUGGCGAAGCAAAAGAAACAUGGGUCAAACAAAUAGUACGUGGCCCAAAUGGGUCAAUUCUCACAAAGAGGCCUAUAACACCUUCUGAAGAAGAAGAAAGACUUAACCGACGAUGCAGGAGUGCCAAGCUUCGGGUGAUUGAGAAAUCCCGAUGACGCUAAUGGGCCUUUCUGAAGAAUGAUUGUACAUGGCCGUGUGUCCCACUACGUGGCAUCCGCCGUGGCUGGUGGCCUACGUUGUAGCUGAUGUUCUUUGCUUUGUACGUUUGUUAGAUGGUAGUUGCUGUUUAAUUUUGUGGUAUUUCAAGUUUCAAUGUUCCUGGUGCUUGCGUCAAUCUUUGAAAGCUCAAAGCUUGAAAUUU